GGCAUUCUAUUACAACGUGCAGUGUUAGAUUACCACCUCGUAGACAACAACCGACUGCCGUCGUUAUUAGCGCUUGGAAAACUUGUUUCCAACAGUUGUUCUUUGUUAUUCGUGCGCUGAAGCGCUCGACAUUCAAGCCGCCAGUAAAGCUCGCGGAUCUUAUUCGUCAUGGAGAAUUUACGCGCGUCAAACCUGGUCAAUACCAUGCGCAUCGACGGCGAUAAGACCAUCACCAGCUUCGCGAAAGAUGCACCGACGAUUAUCAGAUACUCGUUGGCCGAUUUGGCUGACGGGUCAAACAGUGAUAUGGAUUAUCAUAUCGAGAUAAUUAACAAGGAUGACAAAUUAAGGGUGCUGAAAUUUCUAAGGAGAUACUUCUUCAGAGAUGAGCCGCUCAAUCAGAGCAUCCAACUGAUUCCGGAGGGUGAGGACAGUACUUGCAUGGAAUUGGAGGACUACUGCAGUCACGCGACGUUCGAGAAUAACUUGAGUCUGAUGGCAGUUUCCGCGAGUGGCGCAAUCAUUGGGGUUCAGCUCAACGGCAAAAUGGAACCUUCGUCGAACGAAGAGCCAGAAUAUAUACGAUUGUGCAAAAACACAAAGUUCAAGAAGAUACUGAGAUUAUUAUAUCACAUAGAUAAAAAUGUAAACAAAGGUGGACAAUAUCGGGAUUCCAACGUUCUGGAGAUCAGAAUACUUUCAGUGGAUACAAAUUGGAGAGGAAAAGGCGUCGCGAAGAAUCUCAUAGAAAAAACAAUAGAAAUCGCGAAGCAGCAAGGAUUUCAUUACGUUAGGGCGGACUGCACAUCAGCAUUCUCUGGCAAAUUAUGCGCGCGACUUGGCUUCGACGCGAUAUACGAACUUAAUUAUAAUGAUUACGUGGAUGAAGAGGGAAAGCCAAUUUUUUCACCCGUAUCACCUCACACAGCAGCCAUCACAUAUAUUAAGAAAGUCUAAGGAAAACAUUGAAGGAUGAGGUAGAGAUACAUUUAGAAUGAAGUUUGAUGUAACGAAAAAAUAAGAUGUCAUUAAAGCGAUAUCGGCAUUAAGAGAAUAAUAAAUAAAAUAUUUUAUAACUUAGUGUACAAUAUACAUGUAAAAAUUGUUAUCCGCGUUAUAAUACUAUUUCAUUCAUGGGCGUAUCCAGAAUUUUUUAUCGGGGAAGAAUUUUAUCAAGUUUGUUAACACAUAAACAAACAAUUUUUUGCGUUAAUGAAUUGCUUUUUUGUUUUAAAGUUUAGAAUAUUUCUUUGUUCCUGUCUUUGAAUGAGAAAAAUAUUAUGUCUUGUAAAUCAUAACCAAUUUUUUUUUUUAUUUUAGAGGAAAGUCUGAAGCUCCUUUCCCCCUUCCUCUUGGAUAUGUUCAUGAUUUUAUUGUAUUGUAAAUACGUAAUUAUUAUUUUGAAAAUAAUUAUAGAUUCGAAAUAGUGAAAAUUUCUUUGUGUCUGUAUGCGCUAUAUUUCGUCAAUAGAUGUGUAUAUAAUUUAUGUAAAAAACACACAAAUUCCUUUUUUCAUCAUUUGGUAUUAUUCAAAAUAUAUCGUAAAAUA